AUUGCAAUCACAAGGGAGCAUUUGCCCUUCUGAUAGGACUGUAAUAUUGGUCCUGAUGUUGCGCCUGUCGCAUGUUGCCACAUGUUUCAACCGAAAGCGAAUCAUCAUGGCAGCUGGCAACCUGCACCAAGUAGAGGGGGAAACUUUCGGUCUUAGUAUAGUGACCAUCCAUUGAUGUUUAGGCUAUAUGCUGUGUGCACAGCUAUUAAAUAAAUUGAUGCAGUGUAAUAUCAGGUUUUACAUAUGAUACAUUCCUGAUAUUCAAUAGACUAUUUUGAACAAUCAUCUAUUCUAAAGCAUUGCCAUCACAACUUCAUUAUGUCCUGCAUAUUUGUCCAGCAACUUUUAACGACCUACUGAACUUGAUUGUCAUCUAAAAUUAAUUUUAGCAUCAUAAUGCAAUUCACAUUUUUGGACGAAGCUCAGCAAAUGUGAUCCGAGGUAAAGAGGGUUAGAUUUAAAAUAUUUAAAAGUUUUAAGAUGUUCAAAAGCUCGUUUUCUGACGAUUGGACAGAUAGUUCUGAUAGUUUAUAGUCUUGAAAAAAGUGUAGAACAUUUUGAGAAAAUCAUUCAGCUGACUUUUUUGUUUACAGAACAGGGUAAGGGUAAUUUAAGUUUGUGUAUAGAAAAGGCAAGUAUAUAUGCCUAACAAUAUUAUUUUUUUCAUUUGGUAAUUAAUUAUUUUAUUUAAUGCUUUAUUCAUUUGGUAGGCUAAUUUAUUUAAUUUAAUACGGGGAAUUUUGUUGGCAUUUUUUUCAAAAGUAAGCUAAACAAUAAUUUUAUAGAACUGGGCUAAAUGUUAGUGUUCCAAAAAAGCACACUGAAGCUUUUCUCCUAGUAUUGUGUAUUUAUUUUGAAUUUAAAAAUCUUUGUGCAUAGAAAUUAUAUUUUUAUUUGUAUUAUGGGCUAAGUCCAUGACUGCCGUCUAUUAUUUUGAAUGGUGUGGAAAAGUAGUUUUAAUAAAUAAAAGGAUAGCUACCGCGAUUAAAUUAAUUGCAAUCAGUGGCCAUUAAUUUUUUCUCUGUGCACUUGUUGAUGUGCAUGAUACGAGAUAUUUGUGUUGGCACUCCUGGAGAUCUGUGCCAUGCCAUUAAGAUCAAUCCAUAAUCACGUACAAUAAAUUGGCUUUCAAGGAUGUAUACCGUCGUCAUGAUUAACACAGGUUAACGAUUGGGGUAAAUUUUGUCAUGUGACACUAUUUUUGCAUUAAUGUCAAUUGUCUCGACAAAAAGUGUUUCCAUUCCAGUUUUUCGCAACAUUUGAAGUAUUGACAGAGUUUAUGCGCUAGAGUUAAACGGAAAAAAUAUUAUGUUGACACUUUACUUUGCGUUUCCAUCAGCUUUAUGUUGAUGCGCUAAAACUUUUUUUGCAAAAAAUCUUUGGAUGGAAGAGGUUCUGACUGAACUUCUUUCUUACCUCACCCAAGAAUGAAAAUUCAGUCAUCAUUUACUUGCCCUCUUCAUGUUGUUCAUAUGACUUUCUACCAUGGAACACAAAAGAAGAUAUUUAGCAGAAUGGUCAUUGUUUUGUUCAUGCAAAGUGAACAGAAAGAAUGGGGCUGUUAAGCACCAAAAAUGACAAAAUAGCACCAAAAAAGUAGUCCACAUGACUUGUGCGAUAUAUUCCAAAUAGUGAUGCCGUGGUGUGAGUUUUUGACAGUUGUAUUACCAUCUAUGAAAAAAUCACGGUUAACCGGUUUUAUGAUUACUUGCAAAUUUUCUUAUGCAACAGCACUGGGACAAAGUCAUAUCACAUCACAAUUGAUAGUGUUAGUGGACGGGUUUUUAGACUCUUAAGCACAGCCAUACAAUAGGACAUCCGAUAAAUACACAACAAAUAAAUUUAAGGUAUAUAAUAAUAAGAGAUGCUCCAACAUUGUGCGCAACACAACAUGGGCUUUCAAUGUAACCUGAGUGCUUGGAGUCGCAGUGCGAUCCUGGCUGCAGUUUCAAAAGUGCAGAACUGUUACAUUAUUGUGAGAGCGCAACAUGUAUUUCACGACGUCCAGCAAUUGUUUUUUCUUCUGGAACAAUUUAGUAAAGCAGUCCGAUGUUUGUUGGACACCCCACCAUAAAAAAAUCAUCAACAGGCUCUAUAAAAAUACUGUCCUUUAAUCGGUCCACAACACCUCACAAAUAAACAUGUGGACUAUGAAUAAUAACAGGAAUAUUGCUUACAUCAGGCGAUUAAAAGUCCAAUAAUGACUAAAAUUUUUGAUGAAUGCUGUGAAUUUGUACACAAGCAAUGCUUUAAAUGAGGAUGAUUUAAGAUGCAACUUCUCAAAGUUUAACACACUGAUAGUAACUACACGCAGAUGCACUGCCAGCACCCUUAGUCAUUACAAAAAGUUGCAUCUCUCAAUUCAUCCCUACCCCUUUAAAGGUGCAAUAUGUAACUUUUUUUCAUGUAAUAUUCGCCUUCUUUUUUUUUUUGCCAAUGUGUGAACGGCUUGUAAUGCAACUUUAAAAAAUGAGCCCAUCCCGGACUUCCUAGGUUGCCUAUUAAAGCCUGUAGACUGAUUUUCAUGCGAAGGGAGCGGGUCGCUUUUGCUGGGAAAAUCCAAAGGAUGUGACGUUUACGUGCGCUCCCGAGAGCCUUGCCUCAGUGCUUCCACUAUUCAACAGCAACAACAAACUGCAACACUAGGUAACGUUGUCUUAGAGAUGGAAUCCAGCAAACGUCCAGUUCCCAGUACAACACCAACUCCUACACAAACUCCGAGUAAGCUAAAAGAAAACAUUCCCAUCGGGCUAAGCGGAAACAUGUUCGUGGUUGAGCGAAAACUAGAGUGAACAUCAGCAGGCAGGGUAUUUGAUUCCUGGAGGGACAUUUGUUCGGUUUUGGGGAUCAAAACCGACCCUGAAUUGGCAUUCUUCUUAUUGGACAGUUACUGGAUGAAAACAAUCAGUUGAUUCAGUGCAUCAUGGACUUUCAGAGUAAAGGAAAAACAGCUGAAUGCUCACACUACCAGCAAAUGCUGCACAGAAAUCUGGUGUAUCUGGCCACAAUAGCAGACUCGAAUCAGAACAUGCAGUCCCUGCUGCCUGCGCCACCCACUCAGAACAUACCCAUGAAUCAAAGCGGGGCUCCUUCACAGCAACCUCACGGUCACAGUAUGCCCCCAGAGGGUCCACCGGCCCCACACAUGCAGAACCAGAUGAAUGGGCAGAUGCCUGGUCCUAACCAUAUGUCCAUACAGGGCCCCGGCCCCAAUCAGACGCCGAGCAUUCCCAGUGGCUCCAUGAACAUGCAGCCCAGCAGCCAUGGCUCCAUUGGGGUGUAUAACCACACUGCACCCUCCUCACAGAGCUUGCCCUCACAGGGACAGAUGAACAUGAGUCAGGGGCAACCCAUGGGCAGUUAUGGCCCUCGACCCAACAUGAACAUGCAGCCUAAUCAGGGGCCCAUAAUGCACCAGCAAGCUCCGUCUCAGCAGUACAACAUGCCUCCUGCAAGCGGCAGUGGGCAGCAUUACCAGGGUCAGCAGAACCCCAUGGGCAUGAUGGGUCAGGGCAAUCAUGUGAUGGGCCAGAGACCAAUGCCGCCCUACAGACCACCACAUCAAGGACCACCUCAGCAGUACCCCGGUCAGGAUGAAUACUAUGCAGAACAAUACAGUCAUGGAGGACAGGGGGCGCCAGAGGGAAACACGCAGUAUGGUCAGCAGCAGGAGGCGUAUCAGCAGGGUCCAGCGCAGCAGCAGGGUUACCCACCACAGCAGCAGUACACCGCACAGCAGGGUUAUCCUGGACAACCACAGGGAUACGGUUCGUCUCAGGGUGCUCCAGGUCAGUACCCAAACUACCCCCAGAGUCAAGGGCAGCAGUAUUCAGCCUACAGACCACCACAGCCCGGACCACCACAGGGACAGCCACAGCGCCCUUAUUCAUUUGACCAGGGUCAGUAUGGAAAUUACCAGCAGUAAAUUCAGAGUGCUUGACUUCCAGUCGGAGUGUGUCCUGUCGUUUGCUGUGUGUGACCUAAAGGGCUUGUGCUGUCUUUUAAACUCCCUGUACAUCACCUGUGAAGAGCGGAAACUUCCCCGCUCUUGCAGACUGAACUCUAAAUGUGGCCACAAACUCAAUAGUGAUUGGCUUGAUUCUCAGCACAGAUGGUCUAAAUGUGAAUAGUCACUUCACAGCAUUAGGAAAGUAAAACAGAAUUUCCUGUCAACAUUUAUCAGCAUUUUUGAGUUUCACAAAGAAGCCAUCUCAUAGCAGCAAUGCCUUAAAUGAUACAGCUGCCUUAUUUACAGAAAAACCAGUGAAAAUAACAUGCAGACACACAGCAAUGCUCAUAACCUACAGAAUGUGUUUUGUUUCUCUAAUAAAGUGCAUCAUGUGAUUUCCAAGCCCCUUCUGCCAAUAUCAGAGAAGCAAUAAUGCUGAAGGCUGCUGAAGGAAAUGUUUUUACAUUUCAGGUUCAAAACCAUGCUAUGAUGUUUAAAAGUAUUUUAUGCUUUAUGAAAUAGAGCUCAGGCUGAGUCCAGGUGUUGUCCAGUACUUAAUGACUGUAUUUGAUCUUUUUUUUUUUUUUUUUUUUUUUGAGGCUGGGAAGUUCCAUUGAUGAAACCGUCUGGUACUGUAAUGACUUGUAUGUCAAUCAUGAAAAUACUGCUUUGUGUGGAAUGUGACCGUUAUAUAUAGAAAUAAUCUUUGAAAGUGAAGUCUCAUUGAAAUUGUCAGACUUUGUAUCAGUGGAUAGCUUUUAAUAAAAUGUCUUUUU